CAAAGAUGGCGGCACAAACAGACCGCGGCGUGCCUAUCAGUACGCUUUCGCCAAAGUUUCUGCACACCAACUCCACCAGCCACACCUGGCCCUUCAGCGCUAUCGCUGAACUCAUAGAUAAUGCCUAUGACCCAGAUGUUAGCGCCAAGCGGUUCUGGAUUGAUAAAACUAUGGUUAAAGGAGAGGUGUGCCUCAGCUUCAUGGAUAACGGAAACGGCCUCAACCUUGAAACUAUCCACAAAAUGCUUAGCUUUGGUUACAGCGACAAGAUAGCAGUAAACGGACUGGAACCCAUUGGUAUCUAUGGUAAUGGCUUCAAGUCCGGAUCCAUGCGUCUCGGCAAAGAUGCGAUUGUCUUCUCCAAGUCAAAGAGCAUGUCAUGCAUUGGGAUGCUUUCUCAAACCUACCUGGAGAAGAUUGGAGCUGAGCAAAUAAUUAUUCCUAUUAUUUCCUUUGAAAAUAAGAAAUCGCAGAGAAUCUCUGUAAGCAAAGAGCAAGAAGCAAGUCUGAGGGACAUCCUGCAAUACUCCCUUUUUAAGUCUCAUGAGGAACUUCUCGCUGAGAUCGAUGCCAUCACUUCAACCUUGUCCUCAGCUAAGACAGGCACCCGGAUCAUCAUCUGGAAUCUCCGCAGGACAUCUUCCGGAUCAACAGAGUUUGAUUUUGACACGGAUCGAUAUGACAUCCGCAUUCCCUCAGAGGUUUACGAAGAAUUAAGGGAUCCAUCUCAGCCUUUGAACAGGAGUACAUCUUAUAUUCCUGAGAGUGUGUUUUCACUGCGGGCGUACUGUAGCAUUCUAUACCUGAAGCCACGCAUGCAGGUCAUAGUGCGGGGUCAAAAGGUGAAGUCUCAGCUCAUCGCUAAGAGCCUGGCCUACAUCAGAAAGGACCACUACAGGCCCACUUUUCUGGACAAACACAUACGUAUUACUUUUGGGUACAACACCAAAAGUAAAGACCAGUAUGGUAUCAUGAUGUAUCACAAGAACAGGCUCAUCAAAGCUUAUGAACGUGUGGGCUGCCAGCUUAAGGCCAACAGGAGAGGUGUUGGAGUCAUUGGGGUCAUUGAAUGCAACUUUCUGGAUCCGACCCACAACAAGCAGAGCUUCAACGAGACUGACAAGUACAGAAAAACCAUUAACAGUUUGGGGAUUAAACUGGAGGAGUACUGGAACGAGAUCCGUUACAGAAACUCUAAAGAAGACCCAAACAGCACCGUGCCAGUGGAAGAUACCAAGAAGCGACCGGAUCAGAACUGGGUGCAGUGCGAUGGCUGUUUGCGGUGGCGUAAACUCCCAGAUGGGAUCGACGUCAACAAGCUGCCGGAAAAGUGGUUCUGCUCAUUAAACCCCGAUCCACAGUUCAGGAGCUGCAAGGUAGAAGAAGAGCCUGAGGAUUCUGGUGACGAUCAGCCAUACCGGAAAACCUACAAGCAACAAGAGAGGGAUUACAGAAAGAGACUUGAACAUGAUGAAGAACAGCACUAUUUGGAUUUGGACACCUUGAAUAGACAGACCAAAGCUUUCACACGGCAGCACAAUAAUCUUACCCGGCAGCUUCACCAAGCGCAGACUGCUAAUUACUCAAAGAGUAACUUGGUACACAAAGGUGCAGGCGGGACUGAACCCACCCUGCGGAGGUCCUCAAACAUUUCACAAGUUGCCGGCAGCAGCGACUCUCCUCUUGUGAUCACCAACGUCUGCUCGCUCUCAGCACCAUCAACAACCCUGAGGGGGAAAAGAACCCAGAUUGCCACUCCACACAGCACGCCAAAACGACUUAGAGUGAACGGAUACAACCCCGAAUCCUUCCACGUUGACAGCAGUGACACCGAUGAUACCGAUGAUGACAUUGUCAUCUUGGAAACUGAAAGUACGCCCAAGCCCAAACAGCCCGUUGGUAUUUUAAGGGCAGUAAAGCAAGAGAAAGAGGAGAGUGAAAAUCAAAUCUCGAUGGUGCUAGAGUGCGCCGACGACGCUGCUGUGGACGUGACCUCCAAGGCGACGGCCAAAGCAAAAACUUCCACCGCCAAAACCUGCCCACCUCCAGCAGUGGCCAACAUCACCACCCAGACCACCGCUUUUCAAGUGAAGGAAGAACAGCAGAGUCAGAAUCAGACUGACGGGAACGGCAAAACGGCUAUUAGGAACGGGUCAAAUCCAGGUCUUCUCAUUGAAAGAGAAAUUAAGCUGGAGCGCAGUGACGGGGUUCAGAAACAAGAAAUGUGCAAUGGAGUGGCGCAUAUGGAACGUGAUGAAGGUGCUGGUCCUUCUUCUUCUGCUCAGCAGUACCUCAAUAUCGAUGAAGUUCAGAAUCAACAAGAUAAGCUCCUGGAGCUGAUGCAGGAAACGGCCCAGGAGAGAGACGCCUUGAAAGAGCAACUGAAACUUCUCACCUCUCAGCUGGAGGACAUGCAGAGCCGACUGCAGAAACAGUCUCAGGCCAAAGUAAAGGAGUCAUCGCACCAAGCCUGCCAGACUGACACUCAGACGGACUACAAGGGCCUUUUUGAGAGAGCCAAACAGAAAAUCAAUGAUUUAAUAAAGGACAAAGAGGCUUUAUUGGCAGGUAAUGAGGACAAGAGAAAUCCAAACUGUGGCCAAGAUGAGGAAAAUGACAUUGAGGAGAUUUCGCUUAAAGUCAGCCGUCUGGUCCAUGAACUAGACGAGAGGAACAAGGAAAGGGAAGAACUGCGCUCGCAGCUGGAUAAUCUGGAGGAGGAGAAGUCGACUUUGGCAGCCCAGUGUGAGGAGCUCAAGUUGAGAAUGCAGCAGGAAAAAGAAAAUGCUCGAUCUUCAGCAGGGGCCCACUCCUCUGGCUCAAACUCAGACGCCUCCAGUUGCUUGAUCGAGCUCCGUCAGAACGUCGGCCGCCUCCUCGUCUCCCGGGUCCCGGCACUGGACCUGGCGCAGGUGAAUUUCCAAUGCAACGUCAUCGAUGAGAUCCUCGAGCAAGUUCUCACAGGCACAGACUUCGAAUUCGCAGGCUGAAAUGCUGCGCUCAGCUUGGAAAAUCAUCUCCACUGAAUUAAGGUCUUCCUGCUGACUCUCAGAUCUGGAAAAGGUCCAAGCCUGACCAGUUUCCAAAAUGGAUUGUAAACUUUUGGACUUCUGAAGAACAUUUUCAGUCAAAUGAAUGUCUGGGGUUUAUUUAUUUAAAGAUGUUCACAUUUUUAGUGCGUCUCAGUUGGAGACCUGUUUGAAAGAAUAUCAAUGAGAUGUUUGUUCUGAUGAAUUGUUCCUAAAUUCUGAAAGGCCGCCUCCUGUCCAUCCUCAGUUACUUUUUUUUAAAUUUUUCCUGUUUCAUGGUCUGACUUGUGUAAAAUCUGGGCAUUCCUGGUUACCAGCUUUAUACAAGUCCUUCCAGAUUCUCCUGCUUAAGCUUGCAAAAUCAGGUAACCUAUCUCAUGUGAGGAUGAGGUUGAAGAUGUCAGGAAUGACAUCAUAAAUUAAGUAAAUUAAGUUUUUACUUAAUUUUAGCAUCUUAUAAAUAAAUGAAUUAGUUUUUUUUUGUGUGUUGUUUUUUUUUACGUUUUUGAGUUACUUAAAAAUGAUAAUUUGAGUUAAAGUAUUUUAUUAUGUUUAGUUUUUCUUACCUGACUAAAUGUCACCAAUUCCUUUUUGUUUGUGUUCCUAACAUGUAUAUAAUGUUAAAUCUAUUUUUAUACACACUAUGUUCUGUGUAAGUCAUUUGUACUCUAGUUUGGACAGACAUUGUGUAGUUCCAGCAAUAACCCUUGCAGUACAUUUCUGGAUUUUGCAAACCGAACUUUAGCUUCACAUUUCUAUGGUGGAUCUAGUUCAAACUGCAGCCAAGAGCAACGGCAGACUGAAACUGAAUGUCGUUUAUUGCAAGUAAAGAGAUUUUAAAAGCAUAA